AGCUCUCUCUUGGAAGUCGCUUUGGAUAAAAGCGUCUGCUAAAUAAAUAAAUGUAAAUCAUUGUUCCUUCUCCCCUCAUGUGUUCACCUGUCUGUCUGGCUAGAUGCUGAUGACAUGGCUUCUCUUCAAGCCGUCUGCUGGACACGCUGUUAAAUUGUAGGGUGAGUGAGUCCUUGGCUUCUCUUGACAAGUUACUCAAGCCCGGAAAUAGGCUGUCAAUCACAGGGUGUCCUACGCCCGCAAUCAUUACAGCAGCCCUCAAGAUGGAUCCCUCUAAAUACAGGAAGUGAUUGGUGAGCGCUGUGAUUGGUCUGAAAAGGCUGCUGUUGGACUUGUGACAGCUCCUUCUCCUCAUUCUCUUUAGAGUUCCUCUCCUUGCUCCAGGCCUCCCUCCCUCCAGCCCUCGGGACACACUCUAUUGUCUGGUCCUGCUGCCCAGCCUGAGCUGCAGAUGACCUCCAGGGGGUGCCCUGGGUCAGCAGUACGGCCAGGUGUCCCUGCAUGCACUGCUCUACAGGCCGUCUCCCCUGCAGGGGUCUCUCAUUCCCCUUGCCUGGCAGAGUGACUGGUGGACAUACGUACCCCACAGCAGGCUAUACGUGCUCUCCAGGUUGCCCCAGCCAAUCCCCCCUAUAUGGGUCAGGGAAGUAGAGAACAUAACAGACUGGAGAUUGUUUCGUUGGAGCAGAUAAGGUGAAGCAGAGAAGGGAUUGUCUCCCUCCGUUUAGUGGUAAAGAGGGGUAAGGGGUGUAAACAGGGGUAAUGUUCAUUUUCAUCGUACAGCCAUAAAAACCUAACACACCUGUAUAUUCUUCUAAAGCAAUGUGACACUGUCUAACUAUAUGCUUGUUUUCUACACCACAGAUGCUGUCUGUUUUCUAUCCUCAAUUUUUCAUGCCAAUUAUUGACCCUUCUUUUAGAAUGUGAUGCACAACCACGAAGACAAGUUAUACACUAAAGAAUGUCGUUGUAUUCAUUUAUCAAAACAGGAAAGCUGUGGUUCCACACAGAAACGUUGUCUGUCACUCAGCUCAUGUGGAUAGACACCGUACUCCCCAUGUUAAAUUACCCUGAAUAAUUAAUUCCAUCGCACCUUCAUUGGCACUCGCCACAUUUCCAACACCAACACCAACUGGACAGAGGCCAACUGUCUGCCGGUAUAGAACUGUUCUUGAAUUUAUGCUUUCAUAUCGCUUUCACGUUUUUUAAAAUACGGUUAUUGAUGAAUUUGAUACAAAAACAUCAUUGCAGUAUUAUACUUCGGCAAGCGUCCGUUGUCUUGAUUGACGGUCUAUCCUUGAGAACGCCACUCAUCGGGAAAAAGUGCGUGCAGUGGUGCUGAAAAGCUGAUCUGUCUUUACACUGUUGUUGAUUCCAGUGUUGAUUCGUGCCUAACACUUGGGAGGUCAUAAUACACAGGAAGCCGCACAGCGCAACUUCAAAUUGUCUGCUACAAUUUGGGAUAGAUUUAUCGGGAUAGAAAAUUACAACGCAAAAGAAGUUAACUGAGAAACACUAAAGUUACUCAAACAUAAGCCAGUUUGUUAACUGUAUUUUUUGUUGUAGUCAUGGACAAAAUGCUACCUGCCCAAGAGGCCGCUAAAAUCUAUCACACCAAUUACGUAAGGAACGCGCGAGCAAUAGGCGUCCUAUGGGCAAUUUUCACAAUUUGUUUCGGCAUAAUCACGGUCGUGGUCUUUAUUCAGCCGUACUGGAUUGGGGACAGCGUCAACACCCCGCAGGCUGGGUACUUCGGCCUCUUCCACUACUGCAUCGGCAACGCUUUAACUUCUGAGCUGACAUGCAAGGGCAGCGCAUUGGAUUUUGCCUCAAUCCCCUCCGGAGCCUUCAGAACCGCCUUGUUCUUUGUGGGGACGUCUAUGCUAUUAAUAGUGGGCUGCAUGGUGUGCUUUAGUUUAUUCUUCUUCUGCAACGCUGGGAGUGUGUACAAGAUAUGUGCGUGGAUGCAGCUUGCUUCAGCGGUCCUGAUGUUAAUGGGUUGCAUGAUCUACCCGGAUGGAUGGGACGCCCCGGAGGUGAAGCGCAUGUGCGGCCAGCGGACGGACAAGUAUAGUCUGGGCAACUGCACAGUGCGCUGGGCCUACAUCCUGGCCAUCAUCAGUAUCCUAGACGCCCUUAUCCUGGCUUUCCUGGCCUUCAGCCUGGGAAACCGGCAGGAUAAGCUGCUGCCAGACGACUUUGAGGUGGAAGGAGCAGAAAAGCCUUAAACCAGAAGUGCCCUGACCUGUCUUCCAAUAAGGUCAGCGUCAAAGACAACAACUCCAUGACUAAGUACAGUAUGAAGAGUAUCCAGUGCAACAAUGGACUGUGUUUUCUUCACAUUGUUAAUAGAAUAUUAACAUUUUUGGGGCCAAUACACCCUACUUUCAUGGUUACCAGGCUUUGACUGCAGUGAUUUUAAUUCGUUUUAGCAGUACAAUAUAAAACCGAAACAUGCUUCUAUUACAGCAUUGUCUGAAUAGGACUUAUCAGUGAUAGGGAUUUUUUUGUAAACAGAAUUACAUUUUCAAUUGUAUGUGACUUGUUGCAAUAUUCAUGUCUCUUGAGAAAUUGUGUUUUUAUUUACUUGCCUGAAAAACAAA